UUUGUAUUAGGAUUCAGUUGCGCCUUACUGACCUGAAGGCCAUUCAUAAGGGUCCGUUUCUGUAGAUAUAUCUAUAUGAGAGAAUGGAUUAUGAGCCGAAGAGCAUUGGACAUAUCGACGCCAGAUGGUGAACAUUCGUACCGACGUAUGUAACCUAGGAAAGGCAAUCCUCACAGCACCCCCUCAAAAGGCCCUCCUUCACAGGACGAAACCACCGAACGAACUCCUCAGAUUCCAACGUUCCACAGAACCUGAUAACCAAGCAUGAAUGACCCCUUCCAGCCAUCUCAAUAUACCAAUCCCGCCCUCCCUCAAUUCCUCCCUUUGGACGGCAUGCCCUCCAUCAACCGUACCGAAGACUCCACCUCCCCGCCCACCGCCUCCAACGCCUCCGCCACCAACUCCGCUCCUCACACCGCCUCCAGCCCCCCUUCGAACCUCAACCCGCGCUCCUGCAUGACCUGCCGCCGCCGCAAAGUCCGCUGCGACAAGCGGCAGCCGUGCUCGAACUGCGCGCGCGCACGCAUCGAAUGCAUCUUCCCCGGCCCGGGGCGCGCGCCGCGGCGGCCGCGCAAGCCGGCGGAUGCGGAGCUGUUGGAGCGGUUGCGGAAGUUGGAGGGAGUGGUGCAGACGCUGGGGACGCAGGUGCAGGAGGAGACGGGGGUGAAGGUGGAUUUUGUGGACGAGAAAUCCGGGGAGAGUGGUGGGAAGGAUGGGGAGGAAAUGAAGGUGGAGAAAGGAUUGUCGUCAGAUGAGAGGGUCGCGAAGGCAUAUAAGGAAUUGAAGGAGGCAAAGAAGAAGUGCGCGGAUGCGAAGAAGGAGUGUGCGGAUGCGAAGGAAACGCAUAGCAAGUAUAACGGGUUGGAGGCCCGGUUUGGGAGGCUGGUGGUGGAUGAAGGACGGAGCAGAUAUGUGACAUCGAAUUUCUGGGCGAAUCUAGGACAGGAAGUUGAAGAUAUCCGAGCGAUCCUUAACGAGUCCGAAGAAGAGGAAGAAGAGGAAUAUUCUCCUGGCAGCUCUCACCAGUCCUCUCACCAAGGCUACAUAUUCGGUUACAGCUCCAAGUCGAAAGAUUUAUCAGACCUACAUCCGCCAGCGGACUUGAUACCUGUCUACUGGGAAGUAUUCAAGGAGAACAUUGAUCCCCUGCUGAAGAUCCUCCAUGUCCCGACGAUGGAACAGGUCAUCCUCGAUUACAGAGACAACCUCGACACCUUGAAACCCGGCUGUGAGGCGCUUCUAUUCGCCAUCUACUACAACUGCGCGACGAGCACCACGGACGAGGAAUGCCGAAACCGACUACAAGGCGAGAAGGCCGAGUUGAUCCCACGUUAUCGAUUCGCAGUCGAGCAGGCGCUGGCACGCGCGAAUUUCCUACAAAGCGACGAGAUUAUAGUGCUGCAAGCAUUCGUCAUGUUUCUAGUCGCCCUACGGCGGAAUGACGAUGCGCGCGUGAUCUGGACGCUCGUAGGCCUCAUCGUUCGCAUGGCCCAAUCGCUCGGUCUUCACCGCGACGGGACGCACUUCAACCUCAAGCCGUUUGAGAUUGAGAUGCGGCGACGGCUGUGGUGGCAGACCUGCAUUCUCGAUAUCCGAGCUGCCGAAGACCACGGUUGCGACCCCACGAUCACAGAGCAUAUGUACGACACGAAAUGCCCCCUUAAUAUUAACGACAGCGACCUCCACCCCGACAUGACGUCCUUCCCCGACGAGCGGAUCGGUUGCACGGACAUGACCUUCAGUAUCAUCCGCAUCGAAAUCACCCGCAUGUUCCGCCGCCUCCACUUCAUCCCCGCCAACCUCAAGCGCUGCCCCCGCAUCUACUCGGGCAUCGCCCUCGAGAAGCGCGAGCAAUGGAUCACCGAACUGCACCAGAAUCUCGAAGACCGCUACCUUCAACACUGCGACAUGUCCAUCCCACUCCACUGGGUCAUCGCUACCGUCUCCCGCCUCACCAUCGCCAAGAUGUGGCUGAUCGCCUACCACCCCUUCCAGCGCCUCGACGGCGGCAAAUCCCUCCCGCAGGCCACCAAGGACAAGCUCUUCGUCACGAGCCUUGAGAACGUCGAGUACGCCCUUCUGCUCGAGAAGGAGGAGCGCACCCGUAAGUGGGGCUGGCUGUUUACGACUUACAUGCAGUGGCACGCCAUCGCGUACCUCCUCACCGAACUCUGCGUCCGCACCUCCGGCGAUACUGUCGAGCGCGCCUGGCAUGCCGUCGAUGAAGUCACCCAGCGCCGGUGGGGCGAAGACGUGUACGUCGAGCGAGGAUCGUCGAAUCUCUGGAAGCCGUUGCGGAAGCUGAUCCGGAAAGCUCGAGCGGCGCGCGAGCAGCAUCGGGGAUCCCGGAAGGGUGCGGAGAAGGAUCUGCAGGCGUCGGUGGGUCUUAGGGGCUUGGAGUUUGAGGAUGUCGCGGCAAUGAAUUUCUGGCCGGAGUCGGGCGAUCUAGAGACGGCAGGGACGGCGCCGGCGGUGGAGGAUAUUUCGCCAGGGAUUCAAGUUGACGCGGGGAUCAUGUCGGCGAAGGCGUUGACGGAGCAGCAGGCACGCGGGGAUCAUGUCGGCGAAGGCGUUGACGGAGCAGCAGGCAUGGCGGCAGCAUGUGCCCGUUACGUUCGACUCGGCAUUCGAAGCACCGCCCCAGGCAGUGCAGGAGUUGGAUUGGCUUGGUGGUUCGGUGCAUCCGACAUUGGGCAUAUCGGCGAGCGGUGGCAUGGAUCUUUCAGACAGUUCAGUGCCUGGUGCGAAGGGAGGGGGGAUUGGGGCCAUGGAGAUGGGUCAGGAGGACAUGUCCUUUGAGGUUCUACCGGUUUGGGAAGAUGAUCCCUCCUUCGACUGGACGACGUGGGAUGAGGCGAUGGGGAAUGUCUCCCCCGAUGGAGCGGGGCUAAAUGCGGUUGGGACGGCGGGGACGAUGAGUACUGGUUCCUCUGGGAUGGGGAACUGGUACUGAUAGAUCGCUGGCCUUUCUGGUAUAUGAGUGAAAUGAGAUAUGACAUACGCGACUGAAGAUGGACAGUUCCAAUAGCGGUAUCAAUGCAGCACUCCCACU